UAAAUAAUCAGAAACAUACAGAAUGUACACUGCGAAUCAAGUUGUAUUCGGUAUUUUCAAAAGUCAACUAACAAAACCGAAUACGUAAGCCAACAACACAUCACUAUUUAAGGAAUAGCAACCAAAAGAAAGACGAUAGUAAAAGAGAAUAAUAACAAAAAAGAAAUUCAGCAGGAAAUCGCACAAGCAAAUACUAAAAUACACAACUGGAUUAGGACGUCAUUCUGCAGCAGGAAAACAGGAAAAUGGAGUUGUCUACCGACAAGGUGUUCGACUGUGGUAGCGAGUGUGAACGUGAGAAGAAGCACGACAUGAUGUUGGAUUUGAGUUUAAAUGAUCAGAAGACAGAUAAUCUUUUUGCGGGCUCCGACCAGACACCCACACCUACACGUCUUAUACGCAAUUGUGAGGAGGUGGGACUCUUUGAGGAUUUGCGACAUGUAAACCCCUUCGAGGAGACAUUUCGACGUGCCUGCGAACAACAUAAUGGACAGACACCGCUAAGACAACUUGACUCCGUGGAGGUGCAUGCCGAUGAAGAUUCGCUGCACACACCACAAGUGUAUCCGCAGCUGGAGUCCAUACAGGGUUGUGAAAUGCUGACCAAACCACUGGACAGUCCCACUUCAGCUGCAGUCACGCUGGACGUGCCCGUCGUUGAUGAGUUGCUUAACACAGCGGCAGAUACGUACAAAAUUGGCACGUCACGACAAAAUUCAAACACAUCGACCACAUCUUCGGGGGGUUAUGGCAAAAUUUAUAAAUAUCGCACAAUCGUUGAAAAACCAGCAGCUGACGUGCAAAACGAUACACGCACACCAUACAUACAACUACCGACAACAGCAACGACCAUCCAAUUAAUACAGCCCCAGUUGAUCACAUUAACAUUUCCCGAGAAUAAUAAUGUCAAUAAGAGUCUGACUGGUAAUUUGGAAUCGAAUCCCAAAUCGCUGGGUACUACGGCCGUAACGAAUGCCAUACCCAUACAGACUGUUAAGCCUUUCAUUAUGCCAAAGUUGGCGCCGGCGCCGGCGCCAGCGCCUGCAACAGGCACAACUGCCAUUGCAACAGCAACAGCAAUAACAACAACAAUAACAACAAGAAAAUCAACAAACUCCACAACAGCACUGCCACCAGUAUUGAGCACAAAGAAUGUCACAAACACCACACCAACACCACCACUGAGCACAACAGCAAACACUCCAGCUACCAUAACACAACCAACGCCGGUACAGCACGAGCCCAGCAGCGCAAGUCUCACACCCACCUCCCAAUUGCCCAUCAAAGAACGUCUUAAGGCCAUACUAAGUAUGGGAAAUAAGGCGCACGCGACUGCAGCAAUGCCGCAAACUAAAACUACUAGCGACAGCAGCUGCGUCAGUAAAACCACUAGCAGCGCCACGAAACGUGUACGGGGUACAGCACCGAGUGCAGUUAAAUACGAUGAGGAUUCUAUGGUACGCCGACGCGCUGCUGCGACACGCUAUCGCGUUAAAAUGCGUAAUGAGCAUAAGGAUCUGCGACGACGUAACGGCGAAUUGCAGGCGGAAAACGAGAAAUUGCGUGUGCGCAUCAAGCAGUUGGAGCAGGAGUUGGUCAAAAGUCAACAACAACAGUCGCAACAAAUAUUGCAAGCCUCCCCAAAUGGCCACCUACAAGCAGUGCCCACACAAGUCCAAAUACCACCGUCAACACUGCAUCUGGUAAUGAAUAUACCAACAAUGGUGCUACCAGCAGGCGGACAACCAUCCCUAUUGCAGCCCAUUACAUAUAGGGUGGAGAAGAAAUAGGAUCGCUCGCAAGCAUACAA